UUUUACAUAGCGCAGCGAUGGAAAAACUAUUAAAUGUCUUGAGUAUAAUGCUCGCGGCAAUGCUCUGCAUCUGUGGCGUGUUAGUGGAAUCGGCGCCAUAUCCGGCCGACGUACCUGCUAAUCCUGUCCACUACAAGCGUUUCCUUCGUCGCCGUCCAUCUCCAAACCAUCCCGAACUGGAAAUAUAUGAGGUGCGCGAAGUUUACUUUGUGCGUCGCCCCACGCCACGGCCAAAGGAUGUCAGACGGCUAACUGACAAGGAUAUGGACCUACGCAUAAGAUGCGACUUUGAGCCUACAUUGCCUGAGUGCACUAAAUUUUCUAGUAAACCAAAUAUUUUCACGGGCAGCAACAGCCCACCAACAACAACUACAACAGAAGCCACAACUACUAUUGGCACCACCAGUACUAUUGCCACUUCCAGCACUGAACUGCCCUUUUUGCCAGAGUUGCCUCAGGAAUUACCUGAAUCAACAACUGUGCCCGCAGAGGAAAAGGAUUAUGCGCUGGGGUUCGAUGACACUUACGAUUUUGAGGGGGACGAUGAGGAAGACAACGAGGACAUUGCUGGCAGCACAGAUGCCGAGAAGAACCCAGAUGCUGCAGAUUACUUUAAUCUUGGUGGCAGCAUCGGCGGCAACGAUUUGACCAAAUAAAACUAUUCUCAAUUGGCCCAAACAGAAUACGCUUACCAGUUCCCAUUUAAAGUUCAAACCUUCAGUCAAGAUUAAAUGAAUAAAUGUAUGUAUGAAAAUUA